AUGUCAGAAAUAACUAUAGGGGUACUAUCACUACAAGGUGAUUUUGAACCACAUAUAAAUCAUUUUAUCAAAUUACAAAUACCGUCAUUAAAUAUAAUCCAAGUAAGAAAUGUAAACGAUUUGGGACUAUGUGACGGGCUUGUAAUUCCUGGAGGAGAAUCUACCACUGUGCGACGAUGUUGUGCUUAUGAAAAUGAUACUUUAUAUAAUGCCUUAUUACAUUUCAUUCAUGUAUUAAAAAAGCCAAUUUGGGGCACUUGUGCAGGUUGUAUUCUCUUAUCUAAGAAUGUUGAAAAUAUAAAACUUUAUAGUAAUUUCGGAAAUAAAUUUUCUUUUGGAGGAUUGGACAUAACUAUAUGUAGAAAUUUUUAUGGAUCACAGAAUGAUAGUUUUAUUUGCUCAUUAAACAUCAUCUCUGAUAGUAGUGCUUUUAAGGAAGGAUUAACAGCAGCCUGUAUAAGGGCUCCUUAUAUAAGAGAAAUAUUAUCAGAUGAAGUAAAAGUAAUUGCUACCUUUUCACAUGAAUUAUAUGGCUCAAAUAUUAUAGCAGCCGUUGAACAAAAUAAUUGCUUAGGAACAGUUUUCCAUCCAGAAUUAUUGCCACAUACGGCUUUUCAACAAUAUUUUUAUGAGAAGGUUAAAAAUUACAAAUAUUCAUAA